AUUCAGAAUCAUCUUCUUUUUGCAGGAUAAUUUUUCUCCUUUUUUCUUCUUCUCUUUUCUCGUUCCAAGAGCAACUUGAACACUUUAACUUUGAACCAAACCAACAAAAAAUAACCAACAACCAAUUAAAUUGAAUAAAGAAGCUGCUUUUUUGUUAAUGUUGUUGCUUGUUCCCAUAACGGUCAACCAUAACUUGUUAUUAUUUGACUUAAAAACGGUCAACUUUUACUCUUCAUCAUAAUCAUUAUUCACUUGCUUCCAUCUCCUCCUCAUCUUCCUCCUUCCACUCUUCCUCUUACAUCUUUUGACCAUCAAAAAAUUAUCCUCUUUUCUUGUGAAGCAAAAACAACAAUUCAAUAAUAAUCAGAGAAUGUCUUGUGAAUAAUAUCAGAUUUGCCUCUUCUGCCCAUUCCUGAAAUGGUUCAAACCAUCAUCAUAUUAUCAACAAUAAAAGCAACGGCAACAUCAUCAUCAUCAUUCAACUCAACCCUAAUUCAUCUUAAAUAACGAUUUCGCUUCUUUCCAUUACACUUUUGAUUAACCAAAAAAAGAAGCAAAUCUUCUUUGAAUAUCUUUUGCCUUUUAUACAAAAGUAAGUAUUUGGUCAAAUUGUUGGACAAUUUACAGUGAAAUUUUCGUCAACUCAAUGUAAAGUUGAGAAAAAUGAAUGAGAAAAGUUUUUCUCUCAACAAUCAAUAUUUUCUGUCAUUUUGUUUCUGCCAAAGUGAUUACAUUUCAUGAGAUUUCAAUAUUUUCAGUGUCGAUUCCAAAACUGAAUCAUCGAUCAUUGGAGUGAAUUUUCCAUCGUGUUCAUGUUUCAAUGAAAAAGUGUUCAUUUGUUGAAACGUUUACCAUUUGGAAUACAAAAAUUUCAUUCUAAUUGAAUAAAAGGCUUGAAAAGGCUUGAAAGAUAACUAGGAAUUAAUGGAAAAUUUAAAGUUUCAUAGUUUUCCAGCUCAAUGGAUUUUACCAGGUUUAAUUAUCAUGUUUAUUAUGCUGAUCUCCAGUCCAUUGUUGAGUUCAUCUGAGAAUUCAAUUGAUCCAACUGUGAAAUUACCUUUGCCUGGGAAGAACAAGAGCAAUAUUAAUUUGUCAUCAGAUAAUUUUCAAAGUGAUUCCCAUUAUUCAAGCAUUCCAUUCAAUUCCUUUCCUCACAACACCAAUCAGUGUACCUUUGUUUAUGAUGAAAUUGAGACUGGAUUCAUUUCCAGUCCCAACUUUCCACAUCAAUUUCCAAUUCCAAUUCAUUGUAGUUGGAUAAUUCGUGCUCCCAUUGGUAACGUAAUUACCCUUUACUGGACCCAGUUUUACCUGAAGGAAGGAUUAAAAGCAACCGAAUAUGCAUUCUACAUCAAUUCAAGUUUAAAUGCUGGAUCAACUUCCCUUUUACCUUCCUUCAUUGAAGGCGAUCCAAUGCCACUGGUAACCAGUAAACCCGUUCUUGUCCUGGAAAUGGACAUUACAGACGAUCGUAACAUUUACCUUCGAAACAUGGACUGGUUUCUGGAUGCUUUUGGCUUCAACAUAACCUUUACAAUUGUUUCCUUUACAGUUGCCCAUAAAAUUAUACCAGAUUAUUGUUCAGUUUACAAAUGUUCCUUUAAUGGUCAAUGUUUUGCUUCAAAGGACGCAAAGGUACAAUAUUGUUCUUGUUUUCCUGGUUUCUUUGGACGUUACUGUCAAUAUGGGCCAAAAUGUGAUCCCUCAAAAGGAAUUAAUCCAUGUAAAGAUGGAACUGAUUGCAGAUAUUUUGCUGGAAGUCAUUUCACCAAGUGCAGUACUGUUGAUGGUUUUCUGGGCGAAGACAGGUCAAGAGUGACACCGACCAAUGGAAACAAAACAGGUUUUCAAAUUUUAAAGUUAGCAAUUGAAGAUGAUGUGACACCAACAGAAGAUGCUAAGUUAACCUUAAGUUGCCUUAUACAAUCAACUAAUUCAAUUGAGGUUAAAUGGUACAAAGACUUUACCUUGAUAGACACGGAAACUAGUUUUCUUCGUAAAAUGUCAACAACCCUGGUUCGUUCCAAUUUACCUGGACGGUAUGUUGCCUCAUUGACAAUGGACAAACUUUAUCCACUGGAUUCAGGCAUUUUCACUUGUGAAGCCUUUGAUUGGCAUUCACGAGUCAACAGUAGCUACGAGUUGAAAGUGUUUACCAAGCCACAAGUCAAAGUGUACCCAUUGAGUGCAACCGUAUACUCAGCUCAACCCUACACAGUGUCUUGUUUCUCGCUCGACUAUGAUCCACUGAUAGGCUACAAUUGGCUUAAAAAUGGUGAAAUAUUGAAUCCUCUCUAUGAUGAUGAGUUGAUUGAAGAUCUGUAUCCAGCCGGGAUCAGACUAAUUGUGCCUAAAGCUUUGACCAGAGCGGUUUACACUUGCCUGGUUACAACUCCACUGGGAACUGUUGGUAAAGAGUCAAUGCUAACAGUGAUACCAAGCAACAUAUCUUCUGAGUUUAUCCAAACUUGUCCCAAGGAAACACAUGAAGAUAUUGAUUGGCCUGAAACUGCCAUUGAUGGGAUUGCAGUUGAACCUUGUCCACCAGGUUAUAAAGAUGGUGGAGUUGCUCGUCGUAAAUGUUUUACUUCAGGUAAAUGGGAUGAAGCUGAUUUCUCGAGUUGCCUUAAUUAUCAAAUGUUUUAUAUCCAAGAAAAGUUAAUGAGCCUUACACUCGGCUAUCAUUUGGUUUCCCAUUCUUCAUUAAUGAAUCAACUGAAAGAUUCGCUGAAUGGUCUUCGAUUGAGACCCUCUCAAGGUCACUUCAUCAUUCACCUUUUGGAAUCCCUUAUGGCAGUGCUCAAGUUAACAAUGGAUUCAAUGGAAACUCAUGAAUCUUCUCAACUUGCUCUUGAUAUUAUUUCCUCACUUCUCAAUAAACCUGAAUCAAUCAAUAGUCUAACGGGUCUGGCCAAUUUACAUCGUCUACUAAUGGAGUACAGUUUAUUGGCCAGUAAAGUUAAAAAGGGUCAACUUAAUCAUCAAAUAACUCGAUCCAAUUUUGUGGUUGAAAUACUUAAUCUGGAUCAUCGUGUAAACCUUUUUAUGCCUUCCACUUUAAACUUACCAACCCUAACAACAUCAACAGCCUCAGCCUUUUCAUCGUCAUUAUCAUCAUCCACUUCAUCACUGUACAACAAUAAAGUAACACAAUCAUCAUCACCAUCAUCAACAGCAACAAUACCAAGCUGGUUAACUGAUAGUGUUCAAGUUGACAUUGCUUCAUUACCUGGUUAUCAUGGUAAAGAGUCAACAGUUGAGCAUGAAAAUGAUUCACUGAAAAGCGUUUUAACAGUUUUCUAUCAAAAUUUAACUUCAUUUUGGCCAAAAAACAUUGUCAUUCACAAAGAUUUUACCGAUGAAGAAUAUCAGAUUAACUCGAAAGUUGUUACUGUUGCCUUGGUCCAUCAAGCCCAUUAUAUACCGUUAAAGCCUUACCCUCUACGCGUUACCGCUCACCUACGACAUCAUUCAUCCUUAGAGAGUGAUGUUGACACUAAAAAAGUUACUUGUGGCCUUGCACAGUUUAAUGAAAGACUUGGAUUUCAAACUAAACAUUGUUCAACUUCAAAAACUUCAAGUGAUUCCCAAUCAACCAUUUGUGUCUGUGAUAUAACCGGAGCUUAUUCCGUACUCUUAACCAGUCAAUACAAGCAUCAACCUCAUCCUUAUCCCACUGAAAAGCAGCUCAAUAUACAGUCAAAUGCAAGUCACCAAGUGCCUACUGAUUACCUUUUAAUUGCAAGUUUCUCCUUUUCCAUUGGACUCAUCAUCUUAACCAUGACUAUUCUGAUUAUCCGUUCAAGAUUCAAAAUGAAUUGUAUCAAGUGCUUGAAACUCCAGAUUUGCCUUGCAACGAUAGGACUUGAAUGUUCCUUUUUAGCCAGUUAUCAUUUCCUUCAAAUUCCAAUUCCAUCAGUUUACAUAUUUCAAUCAAUACUGUUCUUCCAAUUGGCCUGCAACUGCCUUCAAAUAAGCCUAUGCAAUAACGUACUUACCUGCGUCACUCACCUAAACUACGGAAAACACAGUUUACCUCAUUUCAAAAUUACCUUCCUUGGAUGGAUUAUACCAUUGAGCUUAACUGGCGCCGCUGUGAUAGCAAAUGAAUUGGAUAAAUCUGUUUCAGUCGAUAAAAUGAUCGAAAUUGAAAGUCGCUAUUUUUAUUUAACAAACGCAAGUGCCUUUUUCAUAACAAUGGUUCAUCUCAUUUUGACGAUUAUAUUGAAGAUCAAGUUUAGCGAUCGCCAUAGAAAGGAAUUGUUGGAAAAUUUUCGUCGUCUCGACAAUGGAUCGAAAAUUUUAAAUCAAUCUUUGAUUAUUAUUUUUUGGACUGAUUUUCUAUUGACUGCCAAUUUUUAUUAUCGCAAUUCACGCAAAAUUUUAUCCAAGUAUACACUUUCUGCUAUAUCAUGUUUACUUGGUUUAAAUGUGAUACUUUUUUAUGGAUUUUUUGCUGCUCUCGAUGAUUCAUUGGUUCUCAUGCCAGGUCAAGUUGAAUCAAAGGAAAAGGAUUCAACUGGAAAUUCAUCAAACAAACAACCAGACAAUGUUUAUGCCAUGAAUGAGAUUGACAUUUGUCCAGCCUUUCAACGUGUAACUUUGACUGAGUAUGAUGUCCACUUUGAACCAGGAAUUGGUGAUUUGUAAUGUCAUUUGCCAAAUAAAAUGCUUUGUGAUGCUCAA